AUGCCUCCGUCUCAGUCUCGUGCUGCAAAACGGAAAUCGGAUUCACAGCACCUCCAUGAAGGGAGAAUGGGUCUCCCAAAACUUACCACUAAUAAUUCAGAACACAGCGGUAUCGAAUCCGCUCAUUAUCUUGCAACGGAUAGGGAUCUGCAACCGAUUGCUAUGUCCUCGGACUCGGAGCCACGUUCUAGAAGAACAGUCGACGUUGAAAUGGAUAAUAACGGCAACAUGAGACAAAAUAGUAGAGCGGAUUCUCCCAACCAGAACUCAAAUUUCUCCACCUCCUCCCCUGGAGUUUCGAAGCAGCCAGAUUCUUCAGAGAAGGGGAAAACCUGCCUUCUCCCCUCUGAAAAGGUAUUUCCCAUUCAGAUAGGCUCCGAGUUAUUUAGAUUGUCUGGAUCGUCGAUAUCCUCUGAUGGCUACUAUGUGCGACCGCAAGAUGGAACCCACCUUGCCAGGCUGAUUGCGGAUGCCCAAUUUUACAGUCUGCCGCGUUUGAUCUCUCAACUAGUCGAGUCAGAGAUAUUCAUACAAAUCGGAGAUCGACAUUUCCAAAUUCCCCGUGAUCUCUUCUCUAGUCCUGGGGAUUAUCCGAACUUCUUCUCACUCGCUUUUGCUAUAUUUUUUACCACUCCCAAGGAAACCUUCGAUCGUCCAAACCUCCUGCGCCCACCAGCUGUUACUCCGCCUGUGGUGAUCAACCGCUCAGCCGAAGUGUUUGCCGAGCUCCUCCAUAUGCUUAAAGGAUAUCCUCUCCAUGUACGGAACGAAGAACACCGGGCUGCUCUCCUGCGUGACUGCCGGUAUUUCCACUUUCGGGGGCUUGAGCAAAAGCUUGUUCCCCAUGCGAUCAGUUACAAUUCAUUACGACGAAAGUCAGAAAUCAUCAUUCGAUUGCAAGAUAUCCGCCAGUCGGGGGUUCAGUUUGUAAACGACGUCCCAACCUCGGAUAGAACCACUUCUGGAGGUUGGGUCCAUUAUUCUCGCCCUUUUGUCGACGACACAUCUCAUGAACUAAUAGUCGAGAUCGGGGAUGAAAACACAUUAAUUAAUCUGAAUUCCAUGAGGGCUGAUUUCUCCGGCGUAGCAAAAGCGAGGAUAUCAAGCCUCUUCCAGGUCAUAGCCAAUAAAAUGAAUCUCCCUACGAUUGCCCCUCUCGGAUUACUGAUGAGGUCGGGCGGAUUUAGCAAACAGCCACCUAGUCCGGGCAACACUCCACUGAGCGACGACCGAGUCAAGAUCCGAAUAGACUGUGAUGCUGAUAUCGUCCUUGAUGGAGAACCGUACGGUGCUGAUGGGAGUGGAUUCAAAGGAACUGCGUCUACCACGCCAGCUGACACGGGCUUCGUUCCCAGUACCCCUGGUUCCAACACUUGCUGCAGCAACCAACACGUCCACGUGGCCACAUCAUCAGACACAAAUGUUGACAUUUCUAACGCAAAAAACGCAACACGAUCAUUGUCCGUUACAGAAUCAUUUUCUCGCUGCGACCCCGCUUCUCCUUUGUCGUUCAGCAAACAAGACGCAUCGCGAUUGCAAGAUAGCCAAGGGGCAGCUAAACGCAAUGGACUGGAUAUUAUAGAUAUCCAUGGAGAAUUGGUAGUGCAAAAGGGGCAGUGGAAAAUUCAAGUGCAAGCAGCUGACACCCAGGAAAGUGCAUGUGGAAAAAUGGAGAUCAUAUUUGUUGCAGUCAAGCUUCAUGUUUUCAGCGGACCCCGGGCACGUAAUGCAAGUCGUGGGUUUUUAAGCUAG